UACCAAAUAAUUAUUUUCAGAACGAUAGAAAAGAAGAUCAGAUUUAAUUUCCCUUUCAAGCUUAGCAUUCUAGUAGGAGGAUUCAAUAUCCAAACAAAUUAGGAGAAACUCCAGAAUACAAUAUGUAAUGCACAGUACAUGAAGUGCCUUAAAAUCUGUGCAAAAUGAACACUUUGUGAAAUACAGUACUAAAAGCAACUAUUCACGGACUAUUUAAUCAGUAUUCACGGAUUGGAUGUUGAAGGUUGCAACUUGCAAUGAAAGAACAUAGAUCCAAAGUUUUCAUUUCAAUUGCAACACCUAUCACUUUGGAAUUCCUCCACCUACGUGUUGCUCUCUCACUUCAAUUUCAAGUAAUAACCCUUCACGGGUUACACAUAUAUUCACCUAUAUAAACUAUAGUGUAUAAGAAAAAUCAAGAACAUAAAAGUUUUUUUUUAUAAUGCGUCCACACUUUUAGAACCCCAAAAGAAGAAGAAAAUUGGAGGAGACAUUAUGGGUUCAUCAAAGAUUUCAGCAAUGUUCUACAUGAGUAUGAUUUUCAUGUCAAUAUGUUUGUUACCACCAGCUUAUGCUUCAUCUGGUCAAUGCCCAUGUACUCCUCCUUAUCCACCUUACCAACGACCUAGUCCACCUGGCGCUACUCCGCGUCCUCCACAUCCUCCAAAAUCUCCAGGUCAUCAUCACCCUCAUCCACCUAAGGCUCCCGCUAGACCCCACCCUCCACCAUCGACUCCCCGUCCUCAUCCACCAACCACCAAACCGCCACCUCCUAAGGUUUUGCCACCUAUCGUCUUUCCUCCACCUGUCGUAUCACCUCCGAUCACUCGUCCACCUGGCGUUUCGCCUCCGAUCACUCGUCCACCUGGCAUUUCACCCCCAGUGACUAGACCGCCACCUGGAGUUUUACCACCUAUAGUUAAUCCUCCUGUUGUAAUCCCUCCAAUCACUAGGCCACCUGGCAUCCUACCACCAAUCACAAAGCCACCUGGCAUUCUUCCACCAAUAAUAAACCCUCCCGGAAUUUUUCCACCAAUAACAAAUCCUCCUGGAGGAGGAUUCCCACCACCGUCUAGUGGUGGCGGAUAUCCUCCUUACGCACCUCCCGGUGGCGGCCCACCAGGUGGAGGCGGAGGCGGAGGCAUUCCAGGUAUUGUUCCGCCUCCGCCUGCCACGUGUCCUAUAGAUGCAUUGAAACUUGGACUUUGCCUUGAUGUACUUGGAGGAUUAGUGCAUAUUGGGAUAGGGAAUCCAGUGGAACAUAUAUGCUGCCCAGUGUUACAAGGACUACUAGAGCUAGAAGCUGCUAUUUGUCUAUGCACAACUAUAAGGCUUAAACUUCUAAACCUUAAUAUUUUCCUUCCACUGGCACUUUCAGUUCUUGCAACGUGUGGUUUAACUCCUCCUCCUGGUUUUGUAUGUCCUCCUCUUGUCUGAAUUACUAAGGUUUUUAAUUAUGUUGUUCUUUUGUUGUAGUAUUUUGCAAGGUACGUUAGAGGUAAAAUGCAAAUAAUUACGAGUUCCCUAGUCUUGUUUUUAAUUUCUCUAGGUGUAAACGAUAUGAUCCUAAGAGAAUUGUGUCUUUGUUAUGUUUUGUAUUUCGCUCCUGCAUAAAUUGAAUUCAAGAACUUGAUAAUAUUAA